AUGGCCGGCCAGAUCAAGCUCAUGGGCCAGGAAGCCCUGCUUUGUGCGAACGAAGUGUGGUACUGUGUCCUGCGCUACGGUCAAUAUGCCGGCUACCUUUCGGGCGGACUCCUGCUCCGUGCGAAGCGCCCCAGCUAUGGCCUGCCGGUGCUGACAGCCUCGGCGCUGUGGCAGUACCUCCUCCGCACUGAGAGCCGACGCAUGAGGCUGGUGCCCAACAUCCGGACACUCUGCCAGGCGGCCGCCAAGAGAGCGCUGGAGGCACAUGCCCAGCCUGCCCAGCCUGCCCAGUGCUCCACGGGUUGCAUCAAUGUCAUGGACGGCUUCAGCCAGGCAGUCUCCCGCUUCCUGUUUCAACCGCCAGAAAACUACGGGGAGGAUGGUGAGGUCAUUGUGGUCGAGACCAUGCUGACAGAUGGCAGCCGCGAGUCCAAGAGCAACUUGAAGAAGAACAAGGGUAUCUUCGGCUUCACUCACGCGCAAGACCUGAAUGCCGGCGUCGAGCCCAAGGAGCCGUGCAGCUUUCAGCGUGACGACGGUACUACGGCUGUGGUCCGCAUGUGGUGCGUGAACGUGCCAGGUUUGGAGAAGGCCUUUGACAUGGUGGAGGUCAAAGCGGUGAGUGAUCUGAAGGCGGCCAUGUACGCGGCCACGCCUGUAUGGGUGCUGCAGGACUUCCAGCAGGCUCUCAGCAAGUUGCUGGGACCCGAGCGUGUAGCACAAGGCCGCAUCUUGAAAUGCACCCAGCGGCAGGCGAUGGUGAACGAUUUCCUGGCCCUCGAGGGCAGCUUGAAUGAUGUGGUGGAGGUGCUUCAGAGGCACCCGUUGAUCACACGGCACUAUUUCCGGCUCUUCUUGAGCGAGGAAGAGGGCAGGGUGGCUUUCCAUGUCAACCUCGGCUUUGGCCAGAAAUGCUUGGACCUCUUCCCGGGCAGCCGCAGCAGCCGAUGCGUUCUGUACACCCGUCAGGGAGGCCAGAUCCAUGCCUGUACUCAAGGCUUGCCCGAGUUCGUGCUGGACCGACGAAUGAUCACCACUUCGGACAAGCGCUCCGCCCCCGUCAUCGACACGUCCUCCAUCUCCGGCUUCGGGAAGGUCCUGCUGCUGCAGCAUCUGGGUGGCGCCGUGUACACGACGUCGGCCCAAGAAGGCCCACGAGCGGGCCAGCAGUAUGCGGUGAAGUUGACGAGCCUGCGGAUCAACGAGAGGUGCGUUGAGCGCGAGAAGCAGAUCCUGCAAAGCCUGCAGCACCCCUCCUUCCUACAGGUCCACGACUGCUUCGAGGUGUUGCCAAAGUGGUAUGGCGCAGACAUGGACCGCGUCUUCGGCAAGAAGGGUGUGGUGAUGGACGUGAUUGACACCAGCCUACAAUCUUUCAUGUCGGAAACGAACCCCAAGCCCUUGGACCCCUCAUGGCUGCAGGAUUGCCGACCACUGAUGUCUCAGAUGGCUUCGGCCGUGCAGUACAUGCAUGGGAGGGGUGUGAUGCACGGAAAUCUGAAGCCUGGUAAUGUACUCCUCCGCACAAAGGGCACUAGCUUUGAUGUGGUGAUCUCUGACUUCAGUUGCGCCGUGGAUGGCAUGGUGCAAGGCAAGCUGCUUUCGCAUCCGCGAGGUGCUCUCGCCUAUCAAGCUCCACAGAUGCACGCGCAGCCCCCCGAGCCUUACAGCCUCAAGGCCGACGUCUACUCGCUGGGGCGCACCUUCCAAGCCCUGCUUCAGCGCAGUGAGAUGAGAGCCAAUGAGGAGACCGACCUCGAAACGAUUGAGCCCUUGGAAGUUCGCCAGCUGCUUAGCAAGAUGCAAGCACACGCCGAGGUGGAUCGCCCCAGCACCGUCCCAAACGGAGGAGAAGUGCUGCUCGCACACCGCUUCUUCGCAGAUUUCUCCUGGGGCUCCUGUCGAUUUGCCGCGGUCAAGGCCUCGAACUCAGGUCUUUGA